UGCCAAACUGCGCGCUAACCCAGACACCACAAAGGGUGUUGAUUGAUACAGACAGCAGGACGGUGGUCAUGGAAGUCGAAAUCCGCUAAGGAGUGUGUAAUAACUCACCUGUCGAAUCAAUCCGCCCCGAAAAUGGAUGGCGCUGAAGCGCGCGACCUAUGCUCGGCCGUCGCGGCGAUUCUGACGCCGCGACGAGUAGGAGGGCGCGGGGCCUGCUGCGAAGCCUGGAGCGUGAGCCUAGGUGUAGCGGGUCCCGGUGCAGAUCUUGGUAGUAGUAGCAAAUAUUCGAAUGAGAACUUUGAAGACCGAAGUGGAGAAGGGUUCCAUGUGAACAGCUCCGGAGAUGACAGCGGGGGCCGUGGGGAGGGUUCUCUUUCCUUCUUGACGGCUCGCCCACCCUGGAAUCGGAUCAACCGGAGAUAGGGUGCAGCGCCCGGCAAAGCACCGCGCGUCCUGUGGUGUCCAGCGCGCCCCCGACGGCCCUUGAAAAUCUUGAGCUGCGGGUACCUCUCAAGCCCGGCCGUACUCAUAACCGCAUCAGGUCUCCUAGGUGAGCAGCCUCUGGUCAAAGGAAGAAUGUAGGUAAGGGAAGUCGGCAAUAUGGAUCCGUAACCUUGGGAAAAGGAUUGGCUCUGAGGGCUGGGCCUAGGGGUCUGCGCCUCGAUGUCGUUGGCUGCCGGUGGUCUGCCCGAGUUGCUCUCGCGGCGAGGGCGGAGCCCGCGUGGCUGUGUGCCGACGGGCGUAGAAUGUCUUAUGUCCCCACCUUUCGGGUGGGGCCGUGGGACUCUCCCUAAGCAUCAAACUGCCGACGUAGAACUGGUGCGGACAAGGGGAAUCCGACUGUUUAAUUAAAACAAGGCAUUGCGAUGGUCCCAACGGAUGUUGACGCAAUGUGAUUUCUGCCCAGUGCUCUGAAUGUCAAAGUGAAGAGAUUCAACCAAGCGCGGGUAAACGGCGGGAGUAACUAUGACUCUCUUAAGGUCGAGCGGGAGCACCCGCCCAAUUUAAGCAUAUAACUAAGCGGAGGAAGAGAAACCAACGAGGAUUCCCUUGGUAGCGGCGAGCGAACCGGGAAUAGCCCAGACUGAAAAUCCGGGGGCUGUGCUGCUCCCUGAAUUGUAGUCUUGAGAGGCAACCUCUGCAGCGGGCCCUGUGCAGGCCCUCGUGGCCUGUCCGAUCCAAGCGAAAGACAUUGUCAGGUGGGGAGUUUGGCUGGGGCGGCACACCWGUUAGAAGAUAACGCAGGKGUCCUAAGAUGAGCUSAACGAGAACAGAAAUYUCGUGUGGAGCAAAAGGGCAAAAGCUCAUUUGAUUUUGWUUUCCAGUACGAAUACAAACUGUGAGAGCAUGGCCUAUCGAUCCUUUAGCGUUUCAGGAYUUGAAGCUAGAGGUGUCAGAAAAGUUACCACAGGGAUAACUAGCUUGUGGCAGCCAAGCAUUCAUAGCGACGUUACUUUUUUAUCCUUCGAUGUCGGCUCUUSCUAUCAUUGUGAAGCAGAAUUCACCAAGUGUUGGAUUGUUCACCCACCAACAGGGAACGUGAGCUGGGUUUAGACCGUCGUGAGACAGGUUAGUUUUACCCUACUGAUGCACCGCCGUCAGAAUGGUAAUCCAACCCAAUACGAGAGGAACCGUUGGUUCGCACAAUUGGCAAUUGUGCUUGGCUGAAAAGCCAGCGGUGCAAAGCUACCUUGCGUGAGAUUAUGAGUGAACUCCUCUAAGUCAGAAUCUGUGCUUGCAGCGACGGCGUAUGCCUCCUCGGAUGACACAAGGCUGYCGAUAGGGCCAGCCGGUCUGGCCCCGAAAGCAUAAGUUCGGAGUUGUCCCUCCUGCGGCGGAGCACCGACGCCCUGGGGGUCUCUUCAUCGCAAUUGUUUUCGCUCGC